CCGCCGGCCAUCGCGCCAAUGUUGGGGUUCUGACCCUGAAUGCGAUGGUCAAAGGUGUGCUCGCGACCCAUUUCCAGAGCUACCCCAAAACGGCAUUUCGCUUCUUCUCGGGCGUUAUGCAAAGGCUGGCGCCUCUGCGCGCGAAGGCACAACUGGCGGAGCUCACUCCGGGCAUCAGGGCGAAGCCGGCAUCGAAGGUUCGCGAUGCCACGACUCGGCUCGAGUACGCGGUCCUGAUCCCUAAAUCGGCGAUUCCUGAUCUAGUCACGCUGCUGGACGAGGACAGCAGCUUCACGGUCCCGGCGGGUGCCUCCUACGGCCGGGACAUCGGGCACCCGCACCCGGUGCAGCGCGCCGGCAGCUUGCGCCUGACAGCCGUCGGACUGUGCAAGGCUGGACUGUUCGCAGUGACGCUGCCGCACGGUGCCGCCUUCGAGCUGGGCCGGUACCAGACUAACCUGGAAGCUGGUGGAGAAACGUACACCCUUGAUGUGCGCCGCAUGUCCCGUCGGCAGGGUGGCCAGCAGCCGGGCGGCCCAUGCGCCGCUGCCGGUGGUGCCGCGGCCCCUGGCGGCGCGGCGCCGGGCGCCACCGGCGCCGCCGCUGCCGGCGGCGCGGCGUGGGGCCGCGGGGAUGCCACCGGCGCCGCUGCUACCAGCGGCGAGGCACAGGGCCGCGGUGGCAUGACUGGCGGCUCUGCUGCCGCUGGCGCGGCGCAGGGUCACAGGGGCGCCGCCGGUGCUGCUGCUGCCGGUGAAUCGGCGCAGGGCCGCGGGGGCGCUGUCGGCGGCGCUGCAGCUGGCGGCUCGGCGGGGGACCGCGGGGGCACUCCUAGCGGCCGUGCCGCCGCCGGCGGCGCGGCGCAGGGCCGCAGGGGCGCCGCCGGUGCUCCUGCUGCCGGCCGCGCGACGCCAGCCCCCGUGGACGCUGCUGGCACCUCCGCUGCCGGCGGCACGGCGCGGGGCCGCAUGGGUCCUGCGGGUGCCCACGCUGCCCGCGGCGCACAGCAGGGCCACAAGAGUGCUGCUGGCGCGUCCGCUGUCGAUGGAGCGGCGCAGGGCCGCGCAGGCGCCGCCGGCGCCCCCGCCGCCGGCAGCGCGCGGCAGGGCCGCAAGCGCCCUCUGCGCCCCACCAUCGGCGUCCGGCUGCGACGCAGUGCGGGUGCUGCCGGUGCCUCCGGCACUGGCGGAGCGACGCGGCGCCGUGGCCAGCAACGACGCCCGGCCGCCGCGGCCCCGGCUGCGGCUACGGCCGCGCGUGCGGAUGGCCCCAGCGCCGUCCAGGGCAGCGGUGCUGCGCCGUCCGGCACCCCUCGUGGCGGCGGCGGCCGCGGCGCUAGCUCCCGCCGCCAGCACAGCGGCAGUCGCAGCCACAGCCGCCCUCGCCGCGACCGCAGCAACAGCCGGGGCCGCAGCUUCACCAGCCGCGGCGCCAGCCGCAGCCGCGGCCGCAGCCGCAGCCGCAGCCCGGGCCGCAGCCACACGCACACCCGCAGCCACGCCCGCAGCCGCCGCAGCAGCAGCGCCUCGCGUGGCACGAAUGGCGGGGCUUCUGGCAAGUUGGGUGGCAGCCACAGGGGCGCCUCUGCGGAUAACUCUGGGGAGCGCGUGGACCACCGCACCCGCAGCGGUCGCGUCUUCCGCCGACGGGCCGGUCGCGUCCCAGCCGGUGACGGCAGCACCCUGACCGGGGAUGGGCGUACCAGCAGCAAUGCGCCGCGCCCGGGCGACGGUGCCGGCGACGGCGGGUGGAGCGUGGUGCCCAGCCGUCGCCGCCAGCGCAGUGCCUCGCCAGGGGCGGAGCCGGCCAAGCGUCAGGCUCUGCCAGAGCAAGCCCAGGUUAAACUGCGUCUCGCCUCACAGCAGCUCCGACUGGGUGGCUGGUAUGCAUGGUGGGGCCCUGCCGACUCGUCACGUACCGGUGGCGUCGCCAUCCUCAUCCGUGCCUCCCUCAUCUCCCGUGGCGUGGUGACCCCGGCAACGCCUCCCGCCCUCGACCCGGCCGCCGCCAGCCGCCUUCUCCUCCUCCCUCUCGCUUGGGGCGGCCACUCCCUAGUGCUUGCCUCUGUCUACCUUCCCUCGGGCGACCCAGCGGCCCAGCGCCGCUUCAUUGCCGACCACCUUGCGCCGGCUGCCACGCUGCCUGGCCUCAAGGUGUGGGCUGGUGACUACAACUUCGUAUGCAACGCCACCAUUGACACCCUCCAUCGCGGCGGCCGCCUCCUGGACCCCGGCACGACCUCCCUCUUCGCCUCCACCUGCGCCUCCCCUGUGGACUCCUUCCGCCACCUGCACCCUACCCGCCGGUCCUUCACCUUCAUCAACCAUAUGGGUGCCUCUCGCAUUGACCGCAUCAUGCUCUCUCCGGAGCUGCUGUCGUCGCUGCGUGCGUGCGCCCAUGUGCCUGGCCGACCGUCCGAUCAUCGCCUGGUUGUGGCCACCCUUGCCCCAGUCGACGGUGCCGUCUCUCCUGGCCCUGGCUUGCGGCGGCUCAGUGAUGCCUACCUCGCGUUCCCCGACCUGCGCCGCUCGCUGCUCGACUGGAACCGCGGCGCCUGUGCCGCCGCCCCCGAGGCGCCGGCGCCGUUGCUGCGGUGGUUUGUGGCCUACAAGCGCGACCUGGUGCGCACGGUUGGCCGCCUUAACCGCAUCGCCCGUGGCCGCAUCCUUGAGGAGACAGCGGAGGAGGCGGCGGCCCGUGCUGCUGAGGCGGCCGCCCUAGCGGUGGUAGAGGCUGGAGGCCCCGAUGCUGCUCAGGCUGCUGCUGCGGCCGUCGCCGCGCGCUCCGCGGCUGCCGCAGCGGCGCAGCGCGCGGUCGCUCGGCACGCUCGUGCCGCCCGCCUCCAGUGGCUGCGCACCCGCGAGACGGCUUCGCCUGCGAUCACGCGGCUUGUGCGGCCCCCUGGCGGCGCCGCGCGCAUUGCGGCAAUCCGGCGCCCGGACGGCACAUUUGGGCGGCGCUGCACUGACGAGGACGCUGUGCGCCUUGGCGCCGACACAGUGAGUUCAGCUGAGGUGGAGGCUGCCCUGGCGGCGGCGCCGGCUGGCAGCACCCCGGGCCGCGACGGCAUCCCGGCUGAGUUGUACCGGGAACUGGGGGGCCCCACGGCACGCGUGCUUGCGCGUGUGUUCACGGCCUCCCUUGCUGCUGGUGCUCCUCCACGCGGCUUUCUCGAUGGCGUCAUUACAUGCUUCAGCAAGCCCGGGGACCCCCUGCAGCCUUCGUCGUAUCGGCCCAUUACGCUGCUCGGCACGGACUACCGCACGCUGGCCCGCGUCCUCGCCAGGCGGCUCAUCCCCGUCUUCAGCAACGUCAUCCACCCCGCCCAGACAGCCUUCCUGCCCGGGCGCCGCAUCGCCGACAACGUCCUACUGCUGCAGCUUCUGCCGGAGCUCAUGCGGGUGGCCGAAGGCGGUGGCCCUGGCGGCGGUGGCGGGGGCGGGGGCGGGGGCGCUGCGGGCAGCACCGCUGACGCUGACCGCGGCGUUGUGGCCUUCCUGGACUUCUACAAAGCCUACGACACCCUGGACCGCAACUUCCUGUACCGGUGCUUGGCAGUUAUGGGCGUUGGCAGUGGCUUCCUGGCCUGGGUCAAGCUGCUGCUUACGGGCACGCGCUCUGCCGCCCUGGCUAACGGCUACCUGUCGGCCUUCGUCCUCAUCAUUGCGGGCGUACGGCAGGGGUGCCCGCUGGCGCCUCCUUUGUACUUGGCGCCGGCCCAGGCCCUCUUCGCCUACCUCGACCGCGUGGGCUUUGGUGUCUCCUGGGCGGAUAUCCGCCUCGUCGCUACUGCCUAUGCGGACGACGCUGCGCCGUUCUUGCGUCGGAUCGCCAACGUGCCUGGUUUCCUGGCAGCUAUGGAGACCUUCCGCGCCGCCUCUGGGCAGCGCCUUAACCUCGACAAGGUGGAGCUCCUGCCCAUCGGUGCACGGCGCCGCGCCACUCCUGCUCCCGUCCGCGCUGUCGCUGCUGGCUUGGCGGCUGGCGGCGCAGCGGCUGGCAACAUGGCAGCUCGCGGCGUGGCGGCGACCAGUGUGGCAGCUGCCGGCGGCAUGGCUGCCGGCGGCGCGGCGGCUGGUGGCGCGGUGGCUGGCGGCGGCCCCGGCGCCAGCCACUCUGGUGGGGGCAUCUUGGCGGCCGGUGGUGCGGUGCCUUCUCGGGCGGGCGCGGUUUGGGCAGCUGCCGGUGUUGUGGUCACUGGUGGCGUGACGGCCGGCGGCUCCGCCGCGGGUGCUGGCGGUGCCGUAGCCGCGCCUGCCCCGCCCAACACAGUUGCUAUGGCGCAUGGCUUGCGCGUAGUCUCGCACUCGCGCACGCUGGGUGUGGUCUUCUACGACCUCCCACUUGGCACGGCUGCAGCCCAGGGGGCUCCUUCCCUCUCCCCUGCCAUUGGCACCCUGGGGACGCUCUGCGGCCUCCCCCUAACGGCCUUUGGCCGUGGCUUCUGUGCCUCCUCCUACGCCGUCAGCCGUGUGCUCUACCAUAUGGAGUUUGCGGGCCUGCCGCCGCAGACGGUUUUGGCAGACUUCCUCAAAACGCUUGUGCGGUUUGUGGACCGCCGCAUCAUCGUUGCCACGCCGCAAGGUGCUGGCCGGGCCCGACUUCCCGGCCUCCCCUCCGACUGCGUCGCCCUGCCGCCACGCGAUGGCGGCUUUGGACUGCUGCCGGUGGUGGAACACGUGCGCGCCCGACACGCUGUGUUGGCUGUGCGCUGGCUGCAGCACAUGCACGGCUCUGCGGCUGGCACCUACGUACCGCCGUGGACAGCCGCCGCCACCGCCCUGGUGCAGCAGCUACACACGGCCGCCCACCCCCUCUGCGUCCUGACGAUGCAGCGGGCGGCCGGCGGUGUCGGACCCGCUGCCGAUGGCUGUGCAAUCUUCGGCCAGCCGGUGGCGGCAACCUGCCCGGCCCUCGUGCGCCUCCUAGGUGCCCUCAGCUACCUGCCUCCGGUCACAAUCCUACGCCCGGCUGUGCUGGUGCCAGGGCCCUGGUGCUUUGCACUUCCGCUCUGGGGCAAUCCAGUCUUGCCGUGUGCGGCGGGGCUUCAGGCGGGUGGCUUGGAACGUGACUUCCCAGCUCUCAUGGCGCUGCCGGGUCUACUCACGCUCGGCACGGCAGUGCGGUGCUGGGAGGCGCUGGCCGCGGUGCGCCAGCUGGUGGCGUCCAAGCCGGCUGGUAUGGCUGCUGCUUGCGCAGAGCCUGGGGUGGCGGCAUGGCGCGGCUGACGUGCCCUUGCUGACCCUUACGGUGAAGCAGGCAACCCAGCUUCAACUUGCGCCUGCGUACGACGCGCUCCGCGUGCGUCACUUGGCCUUCAUCCAAGAGGCCUACAGCGGCGCCGCGCCGCCAGCGGAAGCGAUUCAUGCGCUGCGGGCGGCCCUGGCGCGGCUGUGGGCUUUGGUGUGGGAGCCGCGACACAAGGAACCGCUCUGGCGUCUGGCAGUCAAUGGGUUCACGGGCUUUGGGAUGCUUGCGGCGUGGGCCGCAGAUGGACGCGUGGAGAAAUGCCCGUGUGGGACUCAGAUGACUGCUGGGGCUAGGGUUCAUCACUUCUGGGACUGUGUGGUGGCGGAGGCUCUGCGUGAUGUGAUGCGGGAGCAUGCGAAUGUGGACAUCACACGGAACCAGUUGUGGUUAGUACAGGCGCCACCAGGGCUAUCGCAGGCGGUGUGGGACAUCGUGUGCUUGGCUGCUGUGGCGGCCCUGGAAUACGGCCGACAGCGCCUUUACGCUUGCCGUGAUGCUGCAGACCGGACUGCGGAGGUUGCUGUUGUGCGAAGGAUAGGUGUGGAGGUGAUUGCGGACUUCUGGUCACGGCUAGCUGCGUUUGUGAGUCUGCGUCGGCCUCCGCGCCGCUGGGACCUUGUCCCGAACCAGCACCCAUUCCUAGCGUCAGAUGAUGUUGGAGGGGUUAUCUUGGUAGGGC